AUGUGGGUCGCCCGCGCUCUUCUGGCCUGCGGCCUGUGCGUGCUGCUGGCCGGCCUGCACGUGACGCUCGCGGGCGCCCUGGCCUCCAACCCGCCGCGGGGCAGCGCGCCGCUCGUCGUGGGGCCCGCGCUGCUGGCGCUGGCGCUCGGCUGCUUCGCCGCCUGCUGCGCGUGUAGCCGCCGGGGCCCCGCGCUCCCCGCGCGCUCGGCGGCGGCCCCGGGCGGGGGCGGGGGCGGGGGCGGGGGCGGGGGCGGGCCGCUGGCGCUGGCGCUGGCGCUGGAGAGCAGCGAGCGCGCGGCGCAGGACACCACGGCCGUGCAGCUCAGCCCCGCCGCCUCGGCCGCGUCCUCGCCCUCCAGCCCCGGGCCCCGGGCCCCGCGCCCCGCACGGCCCCGCGCCCGCAGCGCCGGGCUCCAGCUCAACCCGGGCCGGCAGCGCGUCGCCCCCUAG